AUGUGCUUAAGUUGCGCCGCGGAGGAUAUUUUAUUAAUUUUCUGCCGCCCUGCUGCCUUUAAGGAAGUUCUUAAUAAGGGCGGUUUUAGCAGGACAGGGCCAGGCAGUUUUAGGACCGGUGUUGGACUUAAUAAACCAGACUUCUUUACUAGUUAUUGCUGGGCGCAAAGGCAGGUUAGCAAGGCGGGUGGAGCGACGGGUGCCUUUAACGCUAAUGCGGCAGCAUUUGCACUAGCGGGCGGGAUAAGUGUGGCGGUUGUGGGGCGAGGGAUGCACCGCGACAGCCAGGUAGUGUUUAAUAAUACUGCUAGAGUAAUAAACGGGAGGAAAGCAACGGGAGUAGUAGUCUAUUUUAAUACCCUUAUUGUCCACAUCCGACCAAGGACGGUACAUAAGAAGCGCCUUAAGACGACGGAUGUAGGCCAGGAAGGCAUUAAACAACUGACUGUCCUGCUGAAAAGCAGAGUGGAAUUUGUACGCUGUCUCAAAGCGACGCACGACGGGGUCGCGAAUGAUAUUCUGUAUGAUGUCCUUCACUUCAGCCCAGAGCAUCUCUCCACCAGACUCCGAUCUGAUUUUGUGACGCUCUGCGAGCUCAGCGCUUGCUCCUUCCUGCCCAUCCAGCGCCCAGCGGGAGCGCCGGUGGCAGUUGAUAGCCUGUUGGACCUCGAACAUGCCCUCAAUUGUCGAUACCCAAGAGAUAAACUUCUGCUGGGUCGUGUUGCCGAUGGAGGGGGCCUCUUUUUUGAAGAGGUUAUUAAGGCGGAUCUCGUCGAGCUUCCUUUCUUCGAUAAGGACGCGAGCAGCCUGCGCUUCGGCUCCGGUGAGGGGGCGAGCCGCAGUGGAAUUAGGAAGGAUUCGAAUGUAAGAGGAAAGGCACGGUAG